CCCUAUAAAGAUCAAAGCCGGCUUUUAAAAAGUGUUAAAAAAGCUGAGGUCCCCCAUCCAGAUAAAGGGUGGAAAAAGCACAGUGUGCGAAUCCUUUAUGAAGCAGAAUCAUUUGAUAACGUUGUUUCUAAAUGGAAAAAAAGUCAUGCUACACGUCAGAUCUGAACUCUGACACAGAGAUUCUAGGAAAGAGAGUCAGCAAAAGAAAAGUAUACUCUUCAACGGAGGAAGAUGAAUCGCCACCGGUGGAAAAAAAAAAAAUCCCACUGCCCCAAGACCCCCAGCCCCACCACAGACUUGUAGACAGCCUGGACCUGGAACACAUAAUGCAUUGUACAGCAGCUUCCAGUCGGGAGCAAGAGCAGAGCAAGAGUGGUGCAACAAACCAUCAGAUGUUCAAGGAAGGCCAUUUUCUCCAUGGGAACACUCAGGCCAUCAUAUGUCACAGACCCCUGCCAUACAACAAGAGUCUUCUGAGUGGUCAAUAUCUAACCAGACCCCAUAUAGCUUUCAGGAUACAAGACAAAGCCAACAGGUUCUACCUCAUGCACCUACACCACAACAAUGGCAAACAGGGUGGAACAUGCCCAAUACGUAUACAUGGCCAUCUCAGGAUACAAGACAAGGCCAGGAUGUUCUUUCUCAUACAAAUGAGAAGUGGCAAUCCAGCGUGCGGCGAGUCUUGCAAAAAGGUUAAAAGGGGAUAAAAGCUUCCAAGCAGAGUACAAGCAAUUCAUGGACAAAAUGUUGGAACAGGACUAUGCUGAGAAGAUACCGUUGGAUCAAUUACACGUUGUUGAGGUUAAAAUAUGGUACAUACCACAUCAUGGUGUUUACCACAGACGUAAAGGUACUUUACGUGUUGUGUUUGAUUGUACCUCAUCGUUUCAAAACACCUCCCUCAAUAAAGAGUUACUUCAGGGUCCUGAUCUGACAAACAAUCUACUAGGUGUGCUCAUGCGAUUCCGUCAAGGACACAUAGCCUUAAUGGCGGAUAUCCAAGCUAUGUUUCAUCAAGUGAGGGUCCAUAGAAUACAUGUGGACUUUCUCAGAUUUCUGUGGUGGCCAGAUGGAGAUUUUGAGAAGAUUACUGUAUCAAAGUGCAUCUUUUUGGUGCUAUUUCAUCACCCAGUUGUGCAAACUUUGCUCUGCAAAAAACUGCUCAAGACAACCAGCACAACUAUGACAAAGAGGUAAUUGAGACAAUUCAAAACGAUUUCUAUGUCGAUGACUGCCUCAAGACUGCAGACACAGAAAUCCAUGCUAUUAAAUUGCACAAAGGCCUCUCUGAUUUGUGUUCCACAGGAGGAUUCAAGCUUACUAAAUGGGUCAGUAAUAGCAAGAAAGUGCUAGAAGUCAUCCCUGAAAAUGAAAGAGCAAACAUGGUAAAGGAUCUGGAGUUGGACAAGAAAGAUCCUUCAAUUGAAAAAGUGCUUGGGAUUCAGUGGAACUUGGAGGAUGACACAUUUGGAUUUAAAGUGUCUGUGAAUAGAAAGCCCCUCACUAGAAGAGGGAUUUUAUCCACUGUAAGUUCCAUAUAUGAUCCUUUAGGAUUUCUUGCACCCUUUGUUUUAAAAGGCAAGCAGAUUUUGCAGGCUCUCUGCAAGUCAGGCUGUGGUUGGGAUAAAGUCAUUUCUGAUGCUAUGCUCAAUCAAUGGAAGACAUGGCUACAAGACACUGAACAUCUCUCUGGUUUGAGAAUCAAUAGAUGUAUGAAACCAAAAGGCUUUGGCACUGUCAUAUCAGCUCAGCUGCAUCACUUCUGUGAUGCCAGUGAAGUAGGUUAUGGUACUGUUAGCUACAUCAGGUUCGCCAGUGACAGAAAUGUACACGUUAGCUUAGUCAGUUCUCAAGGAUAUUAAUAAUGAACAAACAAGAUUUUCAACCUUUGUGACCAACCGACUCACUGUCAUCAGAGAUCUUACAACAAAAGAGCAAUGGAGAUAUGUAGGUUCAGCCAACAACCCGGCUGAUGCUGCAUCACGGGGUGUAACAGCAGCCUCCCUAAUGUCCAAACACUGAUGGACACUUGACUCGGAACCCCUGACACCUAAUCAUCUACCAAGAAUGAAAGUUCAACAAGUCAUACCCCCUGGGAUCUUUCAGAGCACUGACUUGUAUGUACGAAGAAGAUGGAAACAGGUACAGUACAUCACAGACCUAUUCUGGAAACGGUGGAUAAGGGAGUAUCUUCCCAUUAUGCAAAAGAGAUCCAAAUGGAAUUUGAUCAAAAGGAACUUCCUGCCAAAUGACUUAGAGGUCAUCGUUGAUGACAAAGCACCAAGAAAUUCGUGGUUGCUAGGGAGGAUUCUGAAGACUUUUCCAGAUAAACAAGGUCUUGUCCGAGCAGCUUUGAUCAAGACCAAGAACACUGUCCUGCAAAGACCAGUCAGUAAGCUCUGCUUGCUGAUGGAAACAUCGCAACAGUGAUGGACCAGUGGUAAAGGCUGGAUCCCAACGGUGGGUUAAGUGCUAGUAACCUCUAACCCCCAACUUUAAGAGGACAACUAAGGACUGAUGAGUAUUUUGUGUUUUUUGACAUUAUUGAUUUACAUUUUGUUGAUUUAGACAAUAUCGUAUGUAGAUAUGAAUAUAGAUGUUUGCUCUGAAAUUAAUAUAAUCAGAUGAAGUACUAGCAAAAAGAGUGAAUGGUAUAUAUGAAUAUGCUUUCUGGCUCCUCUUAUUUAGAUGCUAUAAUUGUGAGAUACACAAUUAGGGGCCAGGUGUUGGAGCCAUUUUUAUCUUUAAUUUUCUAGGUCACUUGUGUUUGUACCCAACUAAAUGUCUCCCUCAUGUGGUGCAUACCGGUCACUGCAUCCAUGUUUUCAGGGUUAUCGGGUCCUUGACUUAAGGGAAAUGGGUAGACCUAGCUAGUGCCCAGUCAGAAGAGCAAACAGUUUUUCCACCGCAGUCUGUAAUUGAUUUGUUUAUUUAUUUUGAGUUUUUUGUUAAUUUCAUAUAUUAUGCUUUGUUUGAAUAAACAUCAACUAAACCUUAA